GGAAUCAGAAAGAAAUGAGAAGAAAAACUCCAUUUGAGUAGAAGAGAUUUUUCGAUCGAAAAUGGAGAAGCUGAAAGAGACGGAUUCUUAUUUCGACGACUGUUUACCCCAACCCGAUAGUGUUGACGGCUGUAAGGGAGGCGCUGACAAGAAGAGGAGGAGACUGACACAGAAGAAUCUAUUCCAGUUGUGGGGGCUUGAGAAUCCUAACCUUGAUCUGCGACCUUCCACAGCUACUUCUCUUGCUUCCCGCAAAAACCAACAGCGCCUUUGCCCCUUCUAUAAGAGGAUUCCAAGAACGCCCUUCACUGUUGAUGCAUUCUGCUAUGGUUCAGUCAAAGGCUGCUCUGCCUAUUUCCUUAGUCACUUCCAUGCUGAUCAUUAUAUUGGCUUGACCAAAGGAUGGUCACAUGGACCUAUCUACUGUACCAACCUCACUGCUCGCUUGCUUAGAAUCUGUCUUUAUGUUAGUCCAUCUUUUAUCUGUCCUCUGGAAUUAGGUACUGAGUACAGCCUUAAUGGAAUCAAAAUUACUAUGCUUGAUGCUAAUCACUGUCCUGGUGCUGCUCUCAUUCACUUCCGUCUCCCAAAUGGACAAUGUUACUUGCACACUGGAGACUUUAGGGCUUCAAAGCUGAUGCAAGCAUAUCCAGUUCUUGCAAGCCAACGUAUUAAUAUACUUUACCUUGACACAACAUAUUGCAAUCCAAAGUACAGGUUUCCUUCAAAAGAAGAUGUUUUGGAAUUUGUUGUAGGUGUCACGAGAAGAUAUUUGAAUAAUCAUCCAAAAACCAUCGUGGUUGUUGGUGCAUACAGCAUUGGAAAAGAACAUGUGUAUUCUGCAAUUUCCAAGGCACUGGGGGUAAAAAUAUAUGCAAAUGCCUCCAGGAGGCGCAUUCUUCGAUCUUUUGGUUGGGUUGGAAUUUCUGAAAAUCUGUCAACAAAUGGAAAAGAUACACCUUUGCACAUAUUGCCUAUAUCAUCCUUGAGAUUUGAGAUUCUGCAGCGUUAUUUGGCAUCACAAGACGGACAGUACACUAGCAUGUUGUCAUUCCGACCAACAGGUUGGACUUACUCAGAGACCAUUGGGGAGAAUCUAAACUUAAUAAAACCCACUUCUAAGGGCAACAUCACUAUUUAUGGUGUUCCAUAUAGUGAGCAUUCUAAUUUCAUAGAGCUGCAGGAAUUUGUGCAGUUUCUGAGGCCAGAAAAGAUAAUUCCUACUGUGAAUGUUGGAAAUGCUGUUAAUCGUGGCAAGAUGCAAUCAUACUUCCAGCAGUGGCUGAAAGCCUGAAAGAGGAGUUGUUCUUCUGGAGUUGUCUAGUUUGGUUAUUCUAUUCUUUCUAAUUCUUCUGAAGAUUAGGAAGUGGAUUAGAUAGGUUAUUGAAAUGGGAAUGGACAGUGGUGGUUAUACAGUUGUAAAAAAUGUUUUUAAUCUCUCUAUUAAG